UGCUGUGUUUAUGUUGAAUCGCGGCCACUAUAGACUGUUUGUUUCUGUUCCACUGUCUCACUGUCUCUCUGGCGACAACGAGGAAGACUAACUAUGAAAUACCAUUAACAGAGACUACAAUACAAACGGUAAAAAAGUAUAAUUUCUUAUUAUCUCUUUUUACACUCGUUUAUGUCAGCGGUUGUUGUUACGGCUUUUUAUAAUAGCCUAUUCAUAACUGUAACAAUAACUUCCUUUAAACUCGUGGUUUCAUGAAAGUCACAUUUUAAUCUGAACCUUUUUAAAGAUUCUAGCUAAAGUUACUGUCCUCACAUGACUUCCCUUAAACAUGCCAUAAUAGCUGAUAACCGUUCUUCUUCAGUGUGUGUGUGUGUGUGUGUGUGUGUGUGUGUGUGUGUGUGUGUGUGUGUGUUCUUUGCUGUGAGUGUGUUUAUAUAUAUCAGCUGUACCUCCAUCAUGGUGCAAUAUCAGCUCUACACUCUUGAUCACCUGAGGAAUUCAGGUUUUGGUCUUCCUUAUCCACGACACGGCCUUCAGCUCCUGUUCUGGUUUGCCAAUCAUUGUGUGAUCUGCUGUGAAGUCUCUAACUUUGUUGUCUUGAAACUGGUGGCAGAUUGUCAACCAGAGAGAGGGUCCUUUGGCUUCCACUUUUUUGGUAAUAAUGAAGAGCUUCUGCCUGUACUGAGCAGGUCCAGGAGGGGCACGAGUAAGAGAAAGAUGACGUACUUUGAAGUCGGCAACCUGAACACAGAAACCUACCCUGGUUCUGCAGACCUCCCAGCAUAUGUGACGGAAAAUUAUGGAUUGGAUGGUAACUAUGACAAUUACAAUAUUGACCGCAUCAUCAUCAGUUGCCAGGGGAGGAACAGGGUGGUAGAGACGGUGUAUGUCACAGAGCAUGACACAGCUGUCUUUGGGAGGUUCAGUCCUGACAGGACUUACGAAAUCAGCUGUGAACUGAUCCGAGCCCUGCAGAACCCACAGCUAGAUCUCACCACCUUUCUCACCCAGAUGGGCUACUAUGUAGCUAUGGAGGAGAUAUACAACCCAGAGCCCUCUUACAACACAGUGCAGACCUACAGUGGAUCCACAACAACAAGAGGGCAAAGCGGCAACAUCAGAUUCUUCUCACAAGCCUUCAACCAGCAGCUCAAUCUCAACACUGAGCCGUUCAACUAUGACCAACAAGGAGGGCUUGCGGUUGAAGUGCAACCUAGACACAAGGAGCCUAAAGCCAAGAAGAGACAACAAACUUUGUAUCAAAGUUACUGGCAUUCAGACUGGCAGCGGGCUCAUAAAGAUGCUUAUAGGGAAUCCAAGAAGGGGAGUGGAGGUGGUGGCAUCAGCUUGAUCCACCUUCUCCUCGGUGCUGGAGCGCUCUACCUGACUGUCAAAUGUUGGAGCUGGCUGAGGAGCUGGUGGGAGACAGACUUGAAAGAACACGUUCUCAAGAAUUUACCAUGGAGAGCUCCAAGUUAUCAACAUCCACAUAUCAUGCUGGAUUAUGUGUUCUAGAAUUUAAGAGUCUAGACUUUUGUAAUGAUGAGAUAUAUUCUGUUCAGUUAUUACUAAAUAUGUGUGAUAAGUAAUUAGUAAUGUACAGGAGGUGAUCUGGAUUGAUUAAGGUCCUGCUUAGUGGUGAACUCUAAACAUUUUAUAUUCCAUACUGGACUUUUUCAAACUAAUUUCCAUACUGGAAAAAUGUAACAUAAGAAUUAUGAUCUUGUAAAGAUCUUAAGCUUGAUUUUGAGGAAUGUGAAACAAGUGAACUUUUAUAAGACUGUCAUAAAGGAAGAAAGAUGAACUAAGAGCAAAGAAAACAAAAUCUAUCUAUCUAUCUAUCUAUCUAUCUAUCUAUCUAUCUAUCUAUCUAUCUAUCUAUCUAUCUAUCUAUCUAUCUAUCUACGUAUCUAUCUAUCUAUCUAUCUAUCUAUCUAUCUAUCUAUCUAUCUAUCUAUCUAUCUAUCUAUCUAUCUAUCUAUCUAUCUAUCUAUCUAUACUUGGA